AUCUGUCAGUUUGCAGAGACGGGGGGAAAAAUGGCUGCCGGCUACGGUGAGGGCGACGCGCUGAAAGCCGCGGUCCCUCCCUUUCUAGUCUUCUGACAGCGCCUGCGGCAAAGCGGGCCCUUUCCGCCGGAGCUGUGGAAGCCGUCCUGGGGCCAGGUUCUGAGACGGUAUCGUAGCUUUCUGUGAAAAUGUCAGUUCUCAUAUCACAGAGCGUAAUAAAUUAUGUAGAAGAAGAAAACAUUCCUGCUUUGAAAGCUCUUCUUGAAAAAUGCAAGGAUGUAGAUGAGAGAAAUGAGUGUGGCCAGACUCCAUUGAUGAUAGCUGCUGAACAAGGCAAUCUGGAAAUAGUGAAAGAAUUAAUUAAGAAUGGAGCUAAUUGCAAUCUGGAAGAUUUGGAUAACUGGACAGCACUUAUAUCAGCGUCAAAAGAAGGGCACCUGCACAUUGUGGAAGAACUGCUUAAAUGUGGGGCUAACCUGGAGCACCGUGAUAUGGGAGGAUGGACAGCUCUCAUGUGGGCAUGUUAUAAAGGCCGUACUGAAGUGGUUGAGUUGCUUCUUUCUCAUGGUGCCAAUCCAAGUGUUACUGGUCUGCAGUACAGUGUUUACCCAAUCAUCUGGGCAGCAGGGAGAGGCCAUGCAAAUAUAGUGCAACUUUUACUGCAAAAUGGUGCUAAAGUCAACUGCUCCGAUAAGUAUGGAACCACCCCGUUGGUUUGGGCUGCACGAAAGGGUCAUUUGGAAUGUGUAAAACAUUUAUUGGCUAUGGGAGCUGAUGUUGAUCAAGAAGGAGCUAAUUCAAUGACUGCACUUAUUGUGGCAGUAAAAGGAGGCUACACACAGUCAGUAAAAGAAAUUUUGAAGAGGAAUCCAAAUGUAAAUUUAACCGAUAAGGAUGGAAAUACAGCUUUGAUGAUUGCAUCAAAGGAGGGACAUACAGAAAUUGUACAGGAUCUACUUGAUGCUGGAACAUAUGUGAACAUACCUGAUAGGAGUGGAGAUACUGUUUUAAUUGGUGCUGUCAGAGGUGGUCAUGUGGAAAUUGUUCGAGCACUUCUUCAAAAAUAUGCUGAUAUAGACAUUAGAGGGCAGGACAAUAAAACUGCUUUGUAUUGGGCUGUUGAGAAAGGAAAUGCAACGAUGGUGAGAGAUAUCUUACAGUGCAAUCCUGACACUGAAAUAUGCACAAAGGAUGGUGAAACACCUCUUAUAAAGGCUACCAAGAUGAGAAAUAUAGAAGUAGUAGAGCUGCUGCUGGAUAAAGGAGCUAAAGUAUCUGCCGUAGAUAAGAAAGGAGACACUCCUUUGCAUAUUGCUAUUCGUGGGAGGAGUCGGAAACUGGCAGAACUUCUUUUAAGAAAUCCCAAAGAUGGACGGUUACUUUAUAGGCCCAACAAAGCAGGCGAGACUCCCUACAACAUUGACUGUAGCCAUCAGAAAAGUAUUUUAACUCAAAUAUUUGGAGCCAGACACUUGUCUCCUACGGAAACAGAUGGUGACAUGCUUGGUUAUGAUUUGUAUAGCAGUGCCCUGGCAGAUAUUCUCAGUGAACCUACCAUGCAGCCGCCCAUUUGUGUGGGGCUGUAUGCACAGUGGGGAAGUGGGAAAUCCUUCUUGCUCAAGAAACUAGAAGAUGAAAUGAAAACCUUUGCAGGACAACAGAUUGAACCUCUUUUUCAGUUUUCAUGGCUUAUAGUAUUUCUGACCCUGCUCCUUUGUGGAGGCCUUGGUUUAUUGUUUGCUUUUACGAUUGACCCAAAUCUUGGAAUAGCCGUGUCAUUGAGCUUCUUGGCUCUCUUAUAUAUAUUUUUUAUUGUCGUUUACUUUGGUGGACGAAGGGAAGGAGAGAAUUGGAAUUGGGCCUGGGUCCUCAGUACUAGAUUGGCAAGACAUAUUGGGUAUUUGGAGCUCCUCCUCAAAUUGAUGUUUGUGAAUCCGCCUGAAUUGCCAGAGCAAACCACUAAAGCUUUACCUGUGAGGUUUUUGUUUACAGAUUACAAUAGGUUGUCCAGUGUAGGUGGAGAAACAUCAAUGGCUGAAAUGAUUGCCACCCUCUCGGAUGCUUGUGAAAGAGAGUUUGGCUUUUUGGCAACCAGGCUUUUCCGAGUAUUCAAGACUGAAGAUACGCAGGGUAAAAAUAAAUGGAAAAAAACGUGUUGUCUCCCAUCUUUUGUCAUCUUCCUUUUUAUCUUUGGCUGCAUUAUUGCUGGAAUUACUCUUCUGGCUAUAUUCAGAGUUGACCCAAAGCAUCUGACAGUGAAUGCUGUCCUCAUAUCAGUUGCGUCGAUAGUGGGAUUGGCCUUUGUGCUGAAUUGUCGUACAUGGUGGCAGGUGCUGGACUCUCUCCUGAAUUCUCAAAGGAAACGCCUCCAUAAUGCUGCCUCCAAACUGCACAAAUUGAAAAGUGAAGGAUUCAUGAAAGUUCUUAAGUGUGAAGUGGAAUUGAUGGCCAGGAUGGCAAAAACCAUUGACAGCUUCACUCAGAAUCAGACAAGGCUGGUGGUUAUCAUCGACGGGCUGGAUGCCUGUGAGCAGGACAGAGUACUCCAGAUGCUGGACACCGUCCGAGUUCUGUUUUCAAAAGGCCCAUUCAUUGCUAUUUUUGCAAGUGAUCCACAUAUUAUUAUAAAGGCAAUUAACCAGAACCUCAACAGCGUGCUUCGUGACUCAAACAUCAAUGGACAUGACUAUAUGCGCAACAUAGUUCAUCUGCCUGUUUUCCUCAAUAGUCGUGGACUAAGCAGUGCAAGAAAAUUUCUUGUAACUUCAACAGCUAAUGGAGAUAUUCCAUGCUCAGAUAAUACAGGGUUGCAGGAAGAUGCUGACAGGAGAGUUUCACAAAACAGCCUUGGAGAGAUGACAAAACUUGGUAGUAAGACGGCCCUUAAUAGACGGGAUACUUACCGAAGAAGACAGAUGCAGCGCACGAUUACUCGGCAGAUGUCCUUUGAUCUCACAAAACUGCUGGUUACAGAGGACUGGUUCAGUGACAUAAGUCCUCAGACCAUGAGAAGAUUACUUAAUAUUGUUUCUGUGACAGGGCGAUUACUGAGAGCCAAUCAGAUAAGUUUCAACUGGGACAGGCUUGCUAGCUGGAUCAACCUUACUGAGCAGUGGCCAUACCGAACUUCAUGGCUCAUAUUAUAUUUGGAAGAGACUGAAGGUAUUCCAGAUCAAAUGACAUUGAAAACCAUCUAUGAAAGAAUAUCAAAGAAUAUUCCAACAACUAAAGAUGUUGAGCCACUCCUGGAAAUAGAUGGAGAUAUAAGAAAUUUUGAAGUGUUUUUGUCUUCAAGGACGCCAGUUCUUGUGGCUCGAGAUGUAAAAACCUUUUUGCCAUGCACUGUAAAUCUAGACCCCAAACUACGGGAAAUCAUUGCAGAUGUUCGAGCUGCAAGAGACCAGAUUAAUAUCGGAGGACUUGCGUAUCCCCCGCUACCUCUCCACGAAGCUCCCCCUAGACCACCGUCGGGCUACAGUCAGCCUGCGUCGGCCUGCUCUUCUUCCGCCUCCUUCACUGCCCCGUUUGGAGGAGGGGUUGUGUCACCACAGCCUCAUAGCAGCUAUUACAGUGGUAUGACGGGACCCCAGCAUCCAUUCUACAACCGGCCAUUCUUUGCCCCUUACCUUUACACGCCAAGGUACUACCCUGGCGGCUCCCAACAUCUCAUCUCACGUCCAUCAGUAAAAACGAAUUUGCCCAGAGAUCAGAGCAAUGGCCUAGAGGUUAUCAAGGAGGAUGCUGCUGAGGGGUUUUCUUCACCCACAGACUCCUCGAGGGAGCAGACUGGGAUGAGAAAGCUAAAGCUGCCGUGGCCGUGUGACUGUGGGUUUAACAAACAGAGACAGGGAUCAGGCCCAGCCUCAGGAACAAUAUCACUGAAUUCAAUGAAUGUGGAUGCGGUUUGUGAGAAACUGAAACAAAUAGAAGGGCUGGACCAGAGCAUGCUGCCUCAGUAUUGUGCGACCAUCAAGAAGGCAAACAUAAAUGGCCGUGUGUUAGCUCAGUGUAACAUCGAUGAACUGAAGAAGGAAAUGAAUAUGAAUUUUGGAGACUGGCAUCUUUUUAGGAGCACAGUACUAGAAAUGAGAAAUGCAGAAAACCAGGUGGUCCCUGAGGACCCACGUUUACUGAGUGAAAACAGCAGCUCAGUUCCUCGCGGUGAAUCUGCGCACCGCUCGGCACACGAGUUGCCUCACACCGAGCUCUCCAGUCAGACUCCCUACACACUGAACUUCAGCUUUGAAGAGCUGAACACACUCGGCCUGGAUGAAGGGGCUCCACGUCACAGUAACCUAAGUUGGCAGGAAGAAAAUGCUGCCCUUGAGAUAGAUAGAUCUUCAGAGGGAUCCAGUUUAAGCUAAGGCAAGAAGGGCUCUAGAUCUUAGUACCCUGCCCAUAGACCAUUCCUCCUCACAAUUCGGUUACCUUCUCCCAGUUGCUGGCUUCCUCACCAGACACAAGGGGGUAAUGAAGAUUCUAUCUGCCACUCAGUAAGCCUGCUCUCCAGUCGACUGAAGAAGAGAGACUUGUCACCUCGGCCAGUGUUCUUUGUUCCAAGUAGUUGUAAAAUUUGAAUUCAUUUUAAUGAAGUGUUCCUUCUGUAAAGGUUUAGAUAGAAGCCCAAAUGUAUAGCAAAACGCAUGUAAAUAAACUCUACAUAACCUGACAUUUCAUAUCUUAUAGCAUCUUCUUGGUCAAAUGUCUAAUAAAAAUUUAGAUUGUUAUUUUCAAAUUACCAUAGUUCCUGACACUUGCCCUUUUUAUCUGUGUUUCUGAGAAUUUGUAGACUGUAUAUUGUUAUACUUAAUGCGAAUUUAACUCUCUUUAUUUUUAAAGAAUUUAUUUGCUUUUUGAGUUCUUUGUGUUUUUUUCCCUCUAUCUUUUACCUGGGUGCUUUUCUCUCUUUUUGUGUCUUAAGUUUUGUAUCGGUUGUCAUGUAUUCAUCCAUUUUACCAUAAGACAUUCUUCAGAGCAUUAGGAUGGGAAAGAAACCUCAAGAAAGGCCAAGUCCUGGAUUUCAGAUAGCCAGUGGACAUUCAGUCAGUACUUGAUGAGUGAAUAAGGUAUACCUAAACUAGGAGAGUCUGCCCACACAUUGUAAAAAUGCUGAAUGCCUUCACACUGUGUGUGUGUCUGUAGUUCCUUACAGGCCCCGCCCUUCCCUAUCACUUUAUAGCCACCUGCUACCUGUCUGGCCCUAUAAGCUUUUCAGCUUAUGACUCUGGGAAUCUUUCAGGACAUGACACCAUGCUUUGUUAAAAACUCUCAGGGAGGAACAUCCACAGCCCAUCUUGCUAAGUGCUGUCACUUUAAAGUGCUAGGCUAUCUGUUCUACAUGGAUGUAUUUUAAAACCGCCUGUGUGCUUUAAGCCCUUUGUUUAGUCCUUUGUGGAGAUGCCCAUCUUAUAAAUUAAUAUAGUUAUAGAAUCAAAUUAAAAUGGUUCAAUCCUACAUUUAACUUAAGAAUAUUGGAAAUAUUUUUAGGUAUAACUUAGCUAUGGUGAGCAUGUUUUCUCUGAGCCCAAAUGGGGAUAAAUCAUUAUAGUGAGGAUAUUUAACAUCAGGACCAUCCCCCCAAAUCUGAUAUGUAGGUUUACCCUUUCUCUAGCUCAGCUUUCCAACCUUUUUUUUUUUUUAGUUAUUAUUUUCAUUGACCAGGUCUCAUUGCUGUUUCUUAUUCCUUAUCUCAGGUUGACCACUCUGAUAAAUUUGAACUAGAAUUCAUGUGUUAUACUGGGAUUCUCUACUGACUUUUAUACACGAGUGGGCCAUCGUGGGUUCAUUGAAAAUUUCUUUAUUAAGGUAGGCUAAACAACAACCUCAAAAUCUCAUUGACUUAACACAUUUGAAGUUUGUUUCUUGUUCCUGUAACAGUUCACAAAGAUUCAGGGACCCAGAUUCCUUCAUUCUGUGGCUCCACCAGCCUCCAAGGCUUCAGAGUCCUCUGCCCCAUCUUCUGUGUUCUGUCGAUGUGCAGGGGAGGAGAGAGGGUGGGGGACCAUGCAUGGGAAGUGGUGUCUGCCCAUCCCAUCGGCCUUCCUAAGUCCCCUGGUCGUGCUGAGGGGCAAGGGAGGCUGGGGAAUUCGGUGAACUGCAUGCCCUGGAGGAAGAGCAAACAUUUUUGAAGUUCAUAGGCACCUGGCCACUUAGGUACUUGACAUGGAUGAUCCAUGGCAGACUCAACACUGCGACGCAUCUUGUUUUCAGCUGUAGUAGCAGUGUUUUUUGAAGACAUCUCUUUAAAAUUUUGCUUUUCGUUCUGGUAGGGAAGUCUGUUAAAAUAACACCUAACCUGGAAGAGUUUGAGGAUUUUAGGGUUUUAGGGUUAGGUAGUUUUCAAUCAGCCAGUUCUUUCCUUACAUCUCCAGAAACUUUGCAAAUUUCUAAUAUGGAGUGGGUUGCAGGAAGAACUAAGCAAGGUUGGGAAUGGGGAAAAGAAUAAAGUUUCACAACUUCUCUAGAACCCUUUUAGUAGUCCAAAGACUCAGGCCACCCAGGCACCGGUGACUCUUGGGAUCUGGUGGUAAGUACAGACCUUCCGUCACCACCAACUCUUUCAGCUUUCUGCCUCCUAGAGCAACGCAGGGGCUCCCGGUUCCUCCUCCUGGUACCUGGCAGCCGGGGCAGGACGUGGUCCCUGGGAGGCUCCUGCCCCCAGUGCAGGAACUGGUAGUUGAAGAGAAGCUAAACUUAUGUUAGUGGCCACUCCUGUCCAGGAAAUGCAGCUCCCACCCUUAGAAGGCAACGGGAAAAUUAGACUGUAUGUCUACCAUUUUGUUUAAACAAACGCGUCUGCAAUCUAACGCUGUUGACCACUUUCCAGUUUUUUUCCGACUGGUCAAUUCCAAGGUGCAUCAAUUCCAAGGUGCACAUUUUUUCACACUUUGACUUUUCUGAAAUAUAAGCCACAGCAUCAACGGCAGCAUUUCCCCCUCAAUGUUUCCUAAAGUAACGACAGAUCCUGCAGUUGAUGGAGUCUUGCUUGGAUUGAUGAAACGUGAUGCUCCUUUAAUAUUAUAUAUGCCGUGGUCACGUUGAGUUGUGAUCUUUAGCAAUAGUAAUGGACUAGUGCUGAUUUAUGUUCAGCUGACCCCCCAAAGUCAACAUUUUGUGUUGAAUAUUUGUUUUAUCAGUUAUUAUUCUAUAUUCAUUUGGGAUAUUUAAAGUAUCGUUAUGCAGUUGUUAUAAUUUAAAAGUUUACGUUUAUUGAACGCGUAAUGUGCCUGACAUUUUCCCAAGAUCUCUACAUCUAUUAACUAAUUUACUCUUCACAACAGCGUCAUGACUUAAUUGCUACUAUCCUCAAUUUACGAAUGAGAAACUGAGAGACAGAUUAGGUAAUUUCCCAUGGUCACACAGCUACUAAGUGGCAGAGCCAGGAUUCAAGCCCAGGCAGUGGGGUUCCAGAAUGCCCUCUCUUUAUAUUACAGUUAUCUUCAUUGUUCUUUAGCUAACUGGGGACUUUAGCUAAAGUCAAUUCUUACAUUUUUUUCCAAGGUGCACUUUAAUUAUAGCUUUAUUCGCUGUACCAUCACCAUUGUCUUUUACUUGUUUUAAACCAGGGUUUGGGGUUUAAGAAAGAUAAAAGUCUUUAAAAAAAAUCUAUAUCCAUGUAAACAGUACUUAUAGGGAAAAAUCAUUUUUUUUAAACAUCAAACAUCUUUGUUCCUACAAGUUAUUUUGGAAUGAUGUUCAAUUUUUGGUUAAAAAUCUACGUUUUGUGUUUAACAUCCUUUAUCCCAUUAUUAUUCAUGAAGUAGACCAUUACAUUAAAGUUUGCACAUAGUGUUGGAUAUAUACAUUUUACUUGCAGUCUUAUUGUCAUAUGGCUUUCGUAUACAAACACUUGCCCUUCUAUAUGUCUAUUCUAUUGUCAGUAUUCUGUGUUAGAUUACAAUCUUAAAUACCACUCUAUGUAUUUUUCUUUAUAUUCUAUUAUUAAAUAGUAUUAAUGCUUAAUAAUGUUAAUAGAUAAGUAAUAUAUGUCUAUUUAAAAAAUCAUUAUUGCAGUAGAGGUUUUUUUUUUUUAAUGAUUUUGGUCACUGUCUCCUAAGAAGAAAAGAAAAUAGGCAAAAUGGAACUCUGUCUUUCAUAAUGACAACUAGUCACUAAAGGCAAGAAACCAAUAGACACAUCUGGAACAGUGGAUAGACAGUGGAUCGAGAUGGUGGUAGGUGACAGUUUAGUUUAAUAUAAUCAUCUACCUAAUAAUUUGCAUGCUUACUUGAGCCAGACACUGUUAUAAGCAGUUCACAUGGAUUAACUUAUUAAAUCCUAACAAGCCUAUAACGUAAGUGCUAUCAUUGUCCCUAGUUUACAGAUAAGGAGACUGAGACACAGACGUUUAACUUUUACAUGACAACAAUGCGUUAGAUUUUUGUAGCCGUUCCCUAAACUAUUGGUAUUAUUGUCAUUAUCUUAAUUUUGAGAAAACAAGAUUUGGGAGUUUGAGAGCCCUCUUUCCCUCCCACCCCCAAGGUCACUCAGCUAGUAAACAGAACAAAGACACCAACCCUAGUUUUUUGACUCCAAAUCUGAUAAUUUUUCCAACACGGUGCUGACUUCAUUUCUGCCAGUACCCAUCGCUCUGUCCUACGUGGGUCUGUGGUGCUUCUGUUUUCCAUAUUCCAUUGUUGUAGAAAAUGUUAGUGGAGAGUAUUAAACACAUCUGAGUCUUCAGGCUCUGAGAAUGUGUCCUGGGUUUUCCCACGGAAGCUCUAUCUCCUUCUUCCGUCCUCUCCCUGUGAACCCUGCAGCCGCAGUGCCAGGCAGUAAAGGAGUCCAGAUCUGCAGGCCAUCUGGGCUUUUAUUUAAAUCCUUGUGUAUCUUGAAACGAACCCUCUGUCUGGCUCUGUUGUCCUCACUGACCAGAUCUCCUGAACUGAGCUCUGUCCAUUUGGUAUAAACAUAACCAUUGCAGCGUGUUUAAACUGGUGCUGGGGAAGGGGUGUGUGUGUGUGUGUGUGUUUGUGUGUGUGUGUGUGUGUGUGUGUGUGUGCGCGCGCGCGCGCACGUGUGCCCGUGCAUGUGUGUAUUUAAAUGUGACCUUGCCAGAUAGCUGAUUUGACCCAUCACUGAAAUGGUGGGUCGGUUGGUCAAUACAUCACAGGUGAAAGAACACAGAAGUGAGUCACAAGGCUGGAGUUAUGGACCGCCUGGCUCUGCUGUCUAUCCGAUGGCCAUGUACUUGUCAGCUCUAGUUUCUUCAUCUAUUAGAAGUACAUGAUGGAGCUUCCCUGGUGGCACAGUGGUUGAGAGUCCGCCUGCCGAUGCAGGGGACACGGGUUCGUGCCCUGGUCAGGGAGGAUCCCACAUGCCACGGAGCAGCUGGGCCCGUGAGCCGUGACCGCUGAGGCUUCGUGUCCGGAGCCUGUGCUCCGCAACGGGAGAGGCCACAACCGUGAGAGGCCCGCGUACCGCAAAAAAAAAAAAAAAAGUAUGUGAUGGAGGAAAGAGGGCUUCCUCCCUUGAUAAUGGGUACUGCUUCCCCACUACCUGUUAUAUAUUAGUCACUAGCUCCCUAAUCCUUGCAAUAAUAUUGAGAAGCAGAUACUUUUCCUAUCUUACAAAUGGGAAACUAAAGCUGAGAGAAGUGAAAAACCUUGCCCAGUGGCUCACAGCCAUUAUGGGUUAGAGCAGAAAUUUGAAGCCAGGUCUAACACUGAGUUAGUGCAUCCCCAGCUAUCCCUUUUUGCCCCUCCAGUGAUGUAUGCGAACUCAGUUUGCAGCCAUUUAGGUGAUAUUGAAGGGAUGAACAUGAGCACGUAGAGUGAGAAGUCUUUCUGGUCGUUUAGUCUAGCCCCUCAAGUUUACAGAUGAGGAAAUUAUAAAGUGGUCGUAUCAUUACAAAUAUUUUGGUGCUACAUAGGAUGGUUUGCUUUCACCCCACUUUUAGCUUCAUUUUAUCUUUGUCUUAGCUCAGGCUUCUGUAACGAACAAACAUAGACUUACCAUAGGCUUAUAAAUAACAGAAAUUUAUGUCUCAUUGUUCUGGGGUUUGGAAGUCCAAGAUCAGGAUGCCAGCACGGCCGGGUUCUGGUGAGAACCCUCUUCCAAGUUACAGACCACUGACCGCUCCUUGUGUCGUGGUGUGGCAGAGAGCAGGGGUAGGGGAGGAAGUGAGCUCUCCCGUGACUUUUAUCAGGGCACUAAUCCCUGGGGGCUCCACCCCAUGACCUCACCUUAGAAGUCUCCCGUGUGUGUCUCUUCUGGAAGUACCCCUCAAAUACCACUCUCUUGCCUUUGUGAUAAUCAUUUCCUUGCUUACCUUUAUGCUUUUGCCACUUAUGUAUGUAUGUAUCCUUGAACAAUUUUACCUGGUUUUGAGCUCGUAUCAAUAAAAUCAUACUGU